AUGGUGGAAGUCCUUGCUACGAGGAGUUCAAACCACAAUCCUUUGUGGAUUCGUUUUCAUCAGGAUAGAGCUAAUCGGAUUGGCCCACAGCAGUUCAGAUUUGAAACCAGCUGGAACUUGGAUUCAGAGUGCUCUGAAAUCAUCCAACAGGCUUGGCAGGAUGAGGGGUGUGGUUCCAAUUCGAUGACAGAAGCUAUGGCGAAUUUGGACAGGUGCAAAAUUGAGCUCCAGAAGUGGAGUAGAGCAAAAUUUGGCCAGGCUAAGAGAACAAUUAAGCAGCUGUCUACCAAACUGCAAUGUUUGCAAGAGGAGGAAAAACCUGAGAACUUGGAGAAUAUUAAACGGCUGCAGGGGGAAUUAAAUUUAUUAUUGGAGAUGGAGGAUAUGAAAUGGAAGCAAAGAGCAAAACGGAACUGGUUCAGGGUUGCCGAUGUAGAAUUGGCCUUCACUGAUUUUUUAAAGGGCUUAUUCACCUCAACAGGGUCGACUGGGAUGGAAGAGUGUCUAGCAGCAGUUCCAGCCCGGGUCACUCUAGCUAUGAAUCAAAUCCUCCUUCGCCAAUACUCCUUUGAAGAAGUGGACUUGGCACUCUCUCAAAUGCAGUCGUUGAAGGCAUCGGGACCUGAUGGGUACGGGGCAUGUUUAUUCCAGAAGCCUUGGAACAUUGUUGGCCAACAGGGCUUCUGUCCCAUUAGUUUGUGUAAUGUUCUAUACAAAGUAAUAGCAAAGGUACUGGCAAACCGGCUCAAGGAGGUUUUGCCUGAGAUCAUUUCACAACAGCAGAGUGCUUUUCUGCCUGGACGACUCAUUUCAGACAAUAUCUUAGUUGCUUACGAAGCCCUUCAUACCAUGGCCACUCGUUUGUUGGGGAAGAAAGUGUAUAUGGCCAUUAAGCUCGACAUGAGCAAGGCCUAUGAUCGAGUUGAGUGGCAGUUUCUCGAGAGUAUUAUGAGAAAAUUGGGGUUUGAUGAAGCUUGGAUUUCACUGAUUAUGACUUGUGUUUGUUCAGUCACCUAUUCAGUUUUGAUUAACGGUAGACCAGCCGGUUUGAUAACUCCUUCCAGAGGAUUGAGCAAGAAUACAAAGCAUGAGUUCAAGGAGCACAUUAAUUCUCUUGUGGGAAAUCCAGCAACCACGAGCUAUGAGAAAUAUCUCGAAUUACCAGCCAUGGUGGGUCGUGCAAAGAAGAAAACUUUUGCUGGAAUCCAGGGAAGAGUUGGGAAGAAAUUGGAGAGUUGGAAGGAGAAAUUCCUUUCGCAGCUUAAUGGAAGGAAGGUACCGUGGAUGAGUUGGGAGAGAAUGGGGGCAUCCAAGCUUAGUGGUGGUAUGGGAUUUCGAGACUUAGAAGUGUUUAAUUUAGCCUUGCUUGCAAAACAAUGUUGGCGCUUAUUUCAAACUCCAAGCUCUUUGGUGGCUCGGAUCAUGGCGUAUAAGUAUCACCCUAAUGGCUCAUUUAUGCAGGCAAGCUUAGGAGGUAGGCCUUCUUAUGCUUGGCGAAGCAUUCUCAAAGCUCGACCAAUUAUGGAAAGGGGGUUAGGAUGGAGGGUGGGGAAUGGAGCUAGUAUUAAGAUUUGGGGAGAUAGAUGGCUCCCAUCCCCCACGUCCUUUAAAGUACAAACCUUAGUUCGGGUCCUUCACCACGAUGCCAAGGUUGCUGACCUCAUUGACCCAACAACAAAGGGGUGGAAGUUUCAGCUCAUUGGGGAGAUUUUUGAGCAAGAAGAAGCUACACUAAUAUGCAGCCUGCCUCUAAGCCCUCUAAUGAACAAUGAUAACCAGGUUUGGUUGGGCUCAAAAAGUGGCUUAUUUUUUAUGAAAAUUGCAUAUUAUCUAGAGAAAUCUAGGAGAGAUGUAGAGAAGGGAUCCUGUUCGGAUGUUUCAGAGAGGGGGGCGUUUUGGAAAACUUUAUGGAAGUUGUGUGUGCCUGCUGUCCUCAAGAAUUUUCUCUGGAAGAUGAGCAAUGACAUAAUCCCUACCAAGAAAAAUCUCCACCAACGAAAAACCACCGCAGACCCACUGUGCCCCAUCUGUGGUAGAGAGCCAGAAACAGUGUUCCAUAUCUUGUGGUCUUCUCUUUCCUCUGUAGCAGUUUGGCAGGAAAGUAGCCGUCGUGUUCAAAAACUAUCUCUUACCGAAAGUGGCAGCCUGGGACUUCUCCAACAGCUGCUAGAUAAACUUGAAGAGGAGGAUUUUCUGGAGGCAGUGACAGCCAUAGACUUACCAGAGAUAGACCAAACAGAAGCUGUCCAAAAUUCCUCAUCAUGGAAAUCUCCCCCUUUUGGUGUGCUGAAGGCAAAUUGGGAUGUUGCAAUGAAUAGAAAAGAACGACUGGUUGGUGUUGGGGUGGUGAUCCGAUCACACGAGGGUGCUAUGAAGGCGGCAUUUCAUGCGGUAGAAAAGGGCAUCACAGACCCUGCAGCAGCCGAGGCUUUGGCUGCAUGGAAGGCGAUCCAAUUCUACAAUUCCCAAGGAUGGAAGCAUGUUUUAUUUGAGGAGGACUCACAGUUGCAUGUUAGUCGAGUAGCAAAUUCUGCUGCUCACUGUUUGGCUAAAGUGGCUUUGUCUCUAAGGCUAGAUCAGGUGUGGAUGGAGGGAUAUCCUCCUCCCAUCCAAAGUAUUGUACUUGCUGAGCAAGCGAAUUCUCUUUGA